AUCGCUGGUGAUGAGAGAAAAGAAGAGAAAAAAAAGCCGAGCGACUCGCCAGUCGCCGGCUCAUGCAGCCGAGCGCGAGUCGCCGGACAGCACGCGCAUAUAUUAUCCUUGCUCUGAUCUGCAUCGUCCCCGCCGGUGCCUCCCAAGACCAAGACCCCAAGCUUCGUCAUCCACCAGCGCCCCCAAACACAGCACGCCGUCGAGGUGGGCGGAUCCACUCGACGGGCCGGUUCCGAAUCGAAUCCCGGCAGAGCAGGCAGGUGGCCGCGACGCGGACUGAGACUAUUUCGGAUUCGUGGCGACGCCGGUGGCCAGCUCUCCCUAUAAAUCAAACCCUCAAGCAUCUUUCGGCGUCUGCAGAGCUACACCGCCUUGUGCAUCCAGGUAACAAGAGAUCGCCCUUAAACCCGAUUUAGUAGAGGAAGGGUUGCGUGGAUCCAAUCGUUGUUUCCUUUGGAAAGAAAAUCAUAUCCAAGGAGCUGCAAUGAGCAGAUCGGACAGGGGGUCGCCGUCCAAGCGGCAGCGCCGGAACGAUGCUGACGACGACGCCACGACUGGGAAGAAGAAGCACCUUUAUCUGGCACUGGAUGAUUGGAAGGGCGGGUGCAGCAUUCACAAGCUGGACGCGGAUAACAUGCAACCUUCAGGGCACCUCACGGAGCCUGCUGCCCUCCGGUUAGCGGGGCCUCUGCUUGGCCACAUGGCCUUCGCCGCUGUGGGUACCAGCAUCUUCAUCGAUACUGUGGCAGAGCGGCGUUACUACGGCAUCGACAGUUUCCCCCAAACCCUCGUCUACAACACCAAGACCGGCGCCCUUACCUUGGGCCCCCAUGUUCCAGAUGAUCUGUUUGACUUGGGUGGAGCCAUGGCUGUCGGCGAAAGAUUGUAUGCUGUAACAACAGUUUACCAUCAGCCCUCCUCCUUGAAGGUCCUGUCGAUGGCACCCAACACCAAGUUAGAGUUUUUUACUAGUAUUCCGACCAUGGAUUGGUUCUGGAAUAGCCUGCCGACAUCAACGCCGCCGUUCAAUGGAGAUGACAUUGUCACCUACGCGUUGCAUCCGGACGGAUCCACCAUCUUCGUGUCCACGAAGUACCGUACCCACUCCUUUGACUCUAGCCAUGGUGUGUGGAGGGAGCUUGGGGGUUGGGUGCUGCCCUUCCGAGGCCAAGCCUACUUUGAUGCCGACAUCGAUGGGUGGGUUGGGAUUCACCGCAAGGAGGAUGGAUAUAUAUGCUGCUGCCCAGUUGCCUCCCGUAGCGCCACCACUACUCCACGUCUCAAGUGCAGGAUGCUCAUAGAGAAGCUAUUCCGUAGCAAGGAAGAGGUGAAACAAGGCCACCAGCAUUUGAAGCCCACUCUUACCUACAUGGGUGACAGCAGGUAUUGCCUCAUUGAGAAUGUCGUUCAAGGUGAGGAUAAACAUGAGGGAUCCGUGCUCAAUGUCACCUUGUUUGGCCUCAAGUAUGAUCAUAGAGGAGAACUGCAAACUAAGGUUCGCAGAACGAGUAGAUCUUAUACGGUGUCCAAGAAUACUAUCUUUUUUUCUCAUGCAGCAUUCUGGAUGUAGUGAUGUAGAUUGUAGCGUCGGACCUACACUGCUGUUUGUUCUCUGUUAUCUAUACCUAUGCAUGCCACACUUUGUUUGAGAACAUCCCUAGAAUAUUUUGUAUUGUCUUGGAAACCGUUGUGCCUUGCCUCUUGCAUGUAUAAUAUAUAUAUGUGCAAGUAUCCUGGGUGUAAUUUAUGAUCAGUUCUAAUCUACAGAUAAGUAAUAGAGAAUUGCUAAAAAAUAAUAGAUAAGUUCUCUUGGCAA